AAAGAGGAGAAAAAAGCGGAAAAGCCACCAUUUAGUUACAAUGCGUUGAUAAUGAUGGCUAUUCGCGGAAGUCCAGAAAAGAGAUUAACUUUAAGUCAAAUCUAUGAAUUUAUUAUGAAAAACUUUCCAUAUUAUAAAGACAACAAACAAGGAUGGCAGAAUUCUAUAAGACAUAAUCUUAGUUUGAAUAAAUGUUUUCUUAAAGUUCCUCGUCAUUAUGAUGAUCCUGGAAAAGGAAACUAUUGGAUGUUGGAUCCUUGUUGUGAAGAUGUAUUUAUUGGUGGAACUACUGGAAAACUGAGGCGUAGAUCUACA